AUUUUCUUCUCACAAUUUGAAGUUGGUGGUUAUAGUCUUCUAAUCCGAAGCAACACCAUCAUCAUCAACAACUACUUUGUACUAUGAAUUCAUAAAUCUUGAAAGAAAAAAAACAAGUUCAGUACUUAUAAGAAAGAACAAUGGCAUCGUUGAAGUCUCAAGAUUGUGGAAGCAUUUGCCAGCUUGCUCUUUUCUUGCUUGCCGUGUUGGCCGGAAUAUCAAUCAUCACCUUAGGACUUAUGAUGAAUUCAAAGUACAGUCCACGGACACAGAAACAGCCUCUAGUGAUCAGACUCAAUUCCUUCUCUGUAUCAGACCUUAACGUAUCGAAUUCCAUAUCUGGGGCCAAUUGGGAUGCCGUGUUGUUGUUCGGGAACCGGCAUAGUUAUUUUGAGAUUUCGAUCGAAAGUUUUGAAAGUUUUGUUUACUAUUAUCAUCAAGAUGCUCUGUCGUGUGCAUUAGUGGAGUCAAUUCAUUUGGGGCCUAAAAAGCAGAAAUUGGUGCAGAUCAAAUUUAAUGCCUCUGGGUGCGGAGGGGGUGAACAACCUUUUGUUGAGGAGAGGGUUCUGAAGGAGAUAAAGAGAGAUGGAGAUAAUGGAACUUUGCAUUUGGGGUUGGUGUUGAAUUUUCAGGCUUCUUAUAGGAAAGGGCCUUGGUCUUGGGUCUAUUGGCUGAAGGCUAAAUGCACUGACUUGGACGUGCUCUUUGAAACUGGUCCGGGUGCUGGUAUGAUGAUCGGUGAUGAGCCCAGAGCGUGCUCGGUUCCAUUGCUCAAGUGAUCAUGAUGUUUCUGUCACUUCCUUUCUUGUUCUUAUUCGCUUGUUCUUUUCAUUUCUUUUCCUUCGUUUUGAGUUCUGUCUGUUUUUAGGAAUACUACUGCUGUAAUCAAUGCAAUUUCUAUAGCAGUUUUGGUAUUGCUGCCACGAAAAUUUCAGACAACCUCCAGGGCUGGGCACAUCAUGGAAUCAAAUGCACCUAGUCCUAUCUCCAAAACUAGCCGCGAAGAAAUUUUGUAACCUGAAGGCCUGUUCUCGACAGAUUCUGGACGUGGAAAUCACACCUACUUAUUAUCCUCGUAUAGUUUUUAAGCAAAAAACUCUAGGAAAUUUGCCCAUCACUCGUACAAGUUUUCUUGGCCA